UGUCGCGCCGCACCGCCUACCGGUGAGGGCUGUGAGAGGUUUCAUUACAGGACGAGCCUCAGACUCGGGGCAGAAGCUUCAUCCUGAAAUAAAGAGAACAGUAAUAAGAGCUGCAGCUGCUGCAGCGAGGCUGCUGUUAGUUUUAUUAUUUAAAGCAGAUUCAUUUUACGUGACGUUAGAGGAUGUGACGACGUUUCUGCCAUUGGGACUCCAUGAGUGUGCACAAGAUGCCCUCACUAUGACAAAACCAUGAGCUCCAGCAUCAUUUCCUGCCUGUGGGAUGUGCUGUGGUGGGCUUGCACUCCUCUGGUGCUGGUUUUUCUCCUGCCUUUCGUCAUUUUGUUCUUCGUCUACCUCUCCAUUCUCUUCCUCCACCUUUAUAAAAGAAAGAACGAGCUGAAGGAGGCAUACUCACACAAGCUGUGGCAAUGUGCUCGAAAAACACUUGCCACAGUGUGGGAUGCUCAAGGAACCAUCUGGCAUGGUUAUGAGCUGCACGGUUUGGAGAAUAUUCCAGACUCCGGUCCUGCACUGAUCGUGUACUAUCACGGAGCCAUUCCUAUAGACUACUACUACUUCCUGGCCAAAGUCAUUAUUCUAAAGGGCCGGACAUGCCACUCAGUAGCUGAUCACAUCCUGUUCAAGAUGCCAGGGUUUAGGCUGCUAUUGGAGGUGUUCAGUGUAAUUCACGGUCCUCGUGAGGAGUGUGUUCGGGCGCUGCAGGACGGCCAUCUGUUAGGAAUCUCCCCGGGAGGUGUACGGGAAGCCUUGUUAAGUGACCACACAUAUCAGCUGCAGUGGGGAAAGCGUACAGGGUUUGCUCAGGUGGCUAUAGACUCUAGAGCGCCUAUUAUUCCGAUGUUUACACAAAAUGUUAGGGAAGGGUUUCGGUCGCUUGGAACAUUAAGAUUUUUCCGAUGGGUGUAUGAAAGAUUCCGUGUGCCAAUAGCUCCUGUGUACGGGGGGUUUCCAGUAAAAUUCCACACAUUCCUUGGCAGACCCAUUCUUUAUGAUCCAAAUGUGACUGCCACAGAAUUGGCCGAAAAGGUACAGGGAGCUCUGCAUGCCCUGAUUAAGGAGCAUCAAAAAAUCCCAGGCAGUAUCAUACGAGCACUGCUGGAGAGAUUCUCACACACCUCACCAUCGGCAGAAAACAUACAAACAUCCAACAAGGAAGACUAGACCAUGCUUUUACCUAUUUGUACUGUUUGUAAUUUGUGAUCAAUUUUUUUGUGGACAGAAAUGUAAAAUCAAAUGAAAAUUUCUAGGAAAGAAAAAAAGUACAAAAAUUCAUUAUGGUAAAAAGCAUGAAAAAAAUUCUGGUACUUUUAGAUGAUAUACCAAUUUCGAUAAUUUUGCCUCAAAAGAAGCAUCAAAAUAUCUUUGCUGUGCAAUGAAAACCAAGUAUCUCCAAAUCAGCAACAUUACAGAUCCGAGAUCAAUCCAUCUAAACUUUCAAUGAAAGUCAAUGUAAAAAGAGUUUCCUUGGAAGAUUUCUUUUGGUCCAUUCUUCAAGAAAUUUUAAAAAUAGAGAUACUUUUUUUUCAUUGGACAUCAACGAUAUGCUGUGUGACAAAUGAUUGGCUUAGAAUUCUGUUACUGCCUUAGUAAAUAUUUUUUGACAUUCACAUGGUAACCAACAAAAAAUUAUUAUAAAAUGUAGACAAAAUGAACAGUAAAUUUGUUUAUCUGCAAAAUACAGAAAAAGUGAAGUAACCGCAGGGAUAGGUUCCUUCCGUCUGUUUCCAACACAAAUGAUAAAUGAAAAGUCUUUGAAACAGUUGUAUUUAAAUAUUGUCUACCAGUUUGUACAUAUGUAUAAAUACAUAUGCUAAGUUUUUAUAUUUGCUUACACAGACUACCUGUGGCCCUUGUCUUACCCGUGGCCCUUUUUUGUGUGAUGACCUAACCAUUUUACACGUUUACACUUUGUAAAAUUGUACUACUGUAUUACUGUCUAAAUGCCAGUCAAAUUACCUGAAAACAUACCUAAGAGCCUACUGAUACAUGUGAAAAUAAUUUUAUAUUUACACACUGUCCACAUGUAUCCAGAUAUUUUUAAAAACAAGAUUUUCUGUUUUAUGAAAAGGUUCCUCUCCACAAAGACACAAAAUGCUUGUGUGAGAAGGCUAGUCCUGUAUGGGGUGAUAGCACCUCAUAAAAAAGAGACAUUAACACUUCACAAAGAAGAAAUAAAACCAUGUUCUAGGUAUAUAUGUGAAAUAGAACAACACUUACAUUCAUUCAUAUGUCAAAAUAUGUCUAGAGUGAUCUGCAUGUAGUUUUAUACCUCAUGUAGUUCACUUUAUAGGGAGUAAGAAGGUUUUUGUGAUUCAGCUUGCAGAAACUUGCAUGCAUGUUGUAUGCGUGUGCAUUUUCAUAAAUCGCAUGUAUCCACACUGUAUCACUUAAGUGACCAAAAAUGGUGUUUUUUUAUGGACGAGAGGCCAAAGAUUUUUUUGUAAAUAUUCGGAAAUGUGUGGACAGAGUCUUAAAAUUUUGUCAUGUUGUAAUGGCAGCUCCAAAGACUGUACUGCAAAAAAAUUUAAAGGUGCUGCACGUAUGCAGGUGUGAGUGUAUGCGUGUGUGUGUGUAUGGUGCAGUUAAAUAUUACUGUUAAAUGUUAAUUAUGUGGAUAUGUGCAUUGAUCUAUGUGCAUGCCUGCAUAUGGCAACAAUAAAUCUAAAUACAUUAAUAAACAGUUACUGCCACCAUGUGUAGAAAAAUGUUACUGCAGCAGAAAGUUCAGAGUAUCAUUGAACAGUUAAUACUUUAUUUUAGUAAUUCAGUUUAAAAUGUAAAACCUAUAUAGUAUAUUGAUGUAUUACACAUAUAGUGAUCUAUUUUAAGCUUUUAUUUAUUUUAUUUUUGAAGAUUAUGGCUCACAGCUAAUGAAAAUACAGAAAAUGUAAAUAUUAUAUAAGACCAUAGACUGUGUAUAGCUGGACAGAGCAUUGUCUCUCAAAAGUGAAGCCACCACAGGUCGGGCGCCCCCUGCUGUUCGGUUUCAGAAAGCUGUGUAACCCCACCCAUCCCCAUAGGUUUCAAUGGCAAAACAGCUAGUGUAACCUAUGUUUAUAUUGUUUAUUUUUAUAUCACUACAGAAUUCGUUUUUUAAAACUUUAUUCAUCUCUAUUCAAUAAGGUGUGGUCAUUGUAAAAGGGCUGGGUUAUACUAGCUGGGGUGGGACCAUAGACUGUGUAUAGCUCUGUGGAGGCAGCCCUCAGGGGCGGGGUUAUUUAAAUGAGUAAGCUGUCUCUCCACAGUCUUUCUCUCUCCUCUGGUCUCUACUGCAGAGACUCGGGUAUCAGGAUCGCCAACAUGGCGGAAGAUUUUGGCUUCAUUUUCAUCAAAUGAGUGGGAAUGGCGACAGGACGUCCAUCUUUUUUACAGUCUCUGUAUAAGACUAAUUGCUUCUUUUGGCAUUGUGCCAAGUCCUGCUGGAAAAUGAAAUCCACAUCUCCAUAAAAGUUGUCAUCAGAGGGAAGCAUGAAAUGCUGGGAAAACACUGCACUGACUUUGGACUUGAUAAAACACAGUGAACCAACACCAGCAGAUCACAUGACUCUCUAAACCAUCACUGAUUGUAGAAACUUCACACUAGAGGUGGGCGAUACCAGGAAUUUUGGUACCAAUCUGAUACCAAGUAAACGCAGGGCCAGUAUUGCCGAUAUCGAUACUGAUACCGAUACUUUUUAAUAUUUAAGCUUUAUAGAUCCAAAUGAUCCAAAAACCUAGGAUAUAAUUUCACCAAACAUUGUAAGUGAUAAAAUACUUUAGUAUCACAAUCAACAUUUUUUGUUUAGAAACAAUGGAACAGUAACAAAACAAAGUUUA